GUACCACGUUAGUUUAGUAGUUUGUUAUUGAUUUCUCUUUGUUGAGGCUGAAUAUUUGAAGUAAUCGAUAGUUUUCCACUAUAUCGAACCACAGAACAGAAACUUUUCAGUCAUAAAUUACUUUUGUAGAUGAAUGAACUCGUUAUUUAAAAGGAAAUAAACCUUCUGUGAUAUACCGCAUUUUAGUUAUACAUUGCUGCAGGUUAUGUGCAUUAGUUUUGAUAGUAACGAAGAGCACCGGAAACAUUGUAUUUGUUGAAAUCAGUUUCAACGUGUUGGUUUCAGUAUUGAAAGUUCAUUUAUUCGCUUUGCGACGUAAGACUAUACGUUUUAAAAUGCGAUGAUAGGAAGAGGUUAAUUAGAAUUCGAGUACAGAAGGAUUAUUGUGAAUUUUCCGUGUACCAAGAUUCUUCACUGACAGAAAACAAUGUUCAUAUAUUUCUGGUCACUGGUUUGCUGGUAUUUCAGACCUGUAAUAAAGUGGCUAUUAAGACACACGACACAAAUGUGUGAACUCCAGAGGAUCUGUUACGGAGAACUAGCUGGAGCACCGAGAACAUUGGCUGUAGAAGAAUCUCUCAAGUUGUCUAGGAACCCAAAUAUCAAAACUCUGAUAGCCUACUUAAAUGAUUUUGCUGAUCAGUGUGCGAUCACUAGUGAGACAAAGCAUAAAAUUUUGAAGGAAGCUAUCGCAACUGUGCUGGUAACUAAAAAGAUAAAUCCAGCAGCACACCCUGACUUUGCUAAGUCAUUUGGCAAGUGUGUAGAAUUAAUUUGGGGCUAUAGACAACUUUGUGUCCAAUGCGAGGAUCUUAGGAAAACCCCUUACGAUGCAGACAAUCCAGAGCAUGAAUUGUUACUGUUGAAGUUGUGGAACUUGUUGAUGCCUUACGAGCCUUUAGACGCCAGAGUCACCAAGCAAUGGCAACACAUUGGAUUUCAGGGUGAUGAUCCAAAGACAGAUUUCCGUGGAAUGGGAAUUUUAGGACUAGAAAAUCUCGUUUAUUUUGCUCAAGAAUAUCCUAGUGCUGCGACGCAUGUUUUAUCACAUUCUACCCACCCUCGUUAUGGUUACGCAUUUGCCAUAGUUGGUAUAAAUCUAACAAGCAUGGCACUAAGAUUGUUAAGGGAUGGAAGUGCAAAGACUCAUAUUUAUAAUUACUCGAGGAGCUUGCCGACUAUUCGUGCAUUCCAUCAAUUCUACUGUUAUCUCUUCUACGAAUUUGAUGGAUUUUGGAUUCAUUCGAAGCCUAACAACAUGAUGGAAUUUUCUUCGAUACAAGAAAAAUUCGAGAACAGUAUUAGAACUGCGUUAACUAACAAAUCCACGGUGUUUAGGAUAAAUAUAUCAGUUGACGAUGUUUAACGUAUGAGAGAUAUCUUCUGUUGAUAAGACCAAAAAUAUCAAACAGGGAAUGAAUGUAAAUUCUAUUGUUGCACAAAGCUACUCUCUUGUAAUAUAUGUUGCACACAGUGUCUUGUGAACGAAUAGAGCAUCAUUACUAUGAACUUUCAGAAAGAUAUAUACGAAUAAUUGUCUUCAAGUUAUUAAGUUACAGAAAGAUACGAAAACAACUUGAUACUACUUGAUACUAUAUUUUUACUUUAUUUUUCUAAUGGCCAUUAAAUGAAUGUGAGAAAUGUAUGUGUUACCUAAUGAAUGUGGACUCACAUUCAAACAAAAAGUCUUAGCAUAAAUAAGUUAAAGUACAAUGUAUGUCCAAAUAAGUAUUUUACGUUCGAUCUAUUUUUAUUUAAUUUUUAUGUGGAUGAGUUGUUCUCAUUAUAUUAACACAGACGUUUUUCUUGGAAGGAAAAUAUCAUGUUUAGCAGAUUCUUCAUUGUUUGUAAAAUGACAGUUUUUAUUAAAAGUAUAUUUAUUGUAAAAGAUAGAGAACAUUUCUGUUAAAUAAAUUAGACCUGCAUUAUAAGUCAACAUAUUUUUUACGAAAUAGAAGUCACGAAUGUCAGAAUUAGAAUGCGCACGUAUUUGUAUCGUUUCAAAACAUAUUGUAGGUAUCGAUUAAAAAUAUAGAAUUAUUGGAAUGGAUUAUAAAACUUGUU